AUGGCGCGUCCCGCUGGGCUACUGGGGCCUUCCCGAAGUUUGUCUACGCGGGGGGAGGCCAACCAGAGGAAAUAUCGCCACACGGCCAAUCAGCUCCGCAGGAUUCCACGGGGCAUGGGGGCAACGUGGGCGGCGCAGAACAACGAAUUACGCCGAGCAGACGGGGGGCCGCCAAGGUGGCAGUCCCGGCAGACAGUCGCCGGAAGCCGUCGUUUUUUGGACCCCGAGCUGACGGAGUUAGACGGUGUCGCGGCCAAAAGCCGCUGGCUCGCGGUGCGCCGCCUGCACGCUCCUCUCGCCCUGAGAGUGCAACGCCUUAAGGACAGGUGGCACCGCGCUCGCUACGCUCCAUAA